AUGUCCUUGCGAAUGAUGCACCUUCAAGAUCUCAAUCCUCAUCUUCUCUGCGUGUUAUGUGGUGGAUAUCUUGUCGAUGCUACUACGAUCGUCGAGUGUCUCCACUCGUGUAAGUAUCUGAAAUCCCUUUUGGCGUUCCGAAGUAUGGUGCGGCGCUUAAUAAACUAAACAAAUGCUACCUUCCGCCAGUCUGAUCGUAGUGUGAGAAUUAACUUAUUGACUGGAAUCAUUUAGCGUCUGAGUGUUGUAAAAGACGGAGAUUGGCUUCAACAACAACUUUGCACGUGCGGUACAAUUUUCACGAUUACGACGUGAAGUGCCUAAUUUCACGUUUUAUGAAGGACGAAUUAAAGCAAAAACGAAAUCUUCUUUCUCUUUGUGAACUUGGAUGACAUGGUUCUUAGUAAUUCAACUCCAGCAGAGUUAGUUACACUUGAUAAGGUGAGUGAGCUUGAAUAAUUGUGAUGAGACUGCAACGAACGCGAAUUCACUUUUAAAGCGAUGUUUUACGUCUUCACAUCUUAAGGCCCAAGGUUGAUAAAGAAGCGGACGAAGGAGGCAAGGCUUUUCGUCACCGUGUCAUGGUUUUCAAUAUAUGACGUGUUUACUCUGCUUUAACUCCAUAUGAGUCGGGUUGCAAGGAAUGUAAGGUUGCAAUCUGGCCCCGGCGUUUGAUCAAACCAAAAGAGAAAUGAGACGGCCAAACGCAACAUUUCCGGGCGUCGGCUACUUAUACGAAAGACUCCGUUUUUGAUUGAGUGCGAAUGCAGGGUUAGAACGAAGUGGAUCAUUAGUGUGGAUGGGUUCUAGCAAUAACAACCAAAAUACUGACAUCAAUAUAUCUUAAUUUGCAGUUUGUCGCAGUUGUAUCGUGAAGUAUCUUCAAACCUCGUUUCACUGUCCUGUUUGUGACGUUGAAGUCCACAAAACGAAACCUCUUUUACACAUUCGGUGAGUACAAUUUUUGCCGGACACAUUUCACCAACCCCCUCCUGUCUCAGGUGUGAGUGGAGGGUAGUGAAAUAUCAUUCAAGAAGACAAGCCCAAAAAAUUCGCUGGGUAGAAUGCUAACAGUCAAUCCUUUGAGAGUGAUUCCAGUGCCGGCCCUCCGAAGAGUUUAAGUAACGUACUGCUUAUAAGUCCCCCAGCUCAUAAUGAGGAUAAGCCCCCCCUGGUUAGAGGGCCAUCCACCCACCUUUGUUUUAUUCCCUCUAAGCCUCUGAACCAAGUAUGAAUUCUGAUAUAGCGAAAUUGGUCCAAUGAAAAACGUCUUUCGGUCAACAAUGCUGUAGCUCGUUUGGAAACGCCUUUUUUUCAGGUUAUAAGCUCCCUCGGAUAGACACCUCCCCAUUUAUAGGCCCAUCUAAAACCACUUAAGCAGUUGCAUAAGCCCAUGGCUUAUAAGGCGUAGUUGAUCCCUAAUCCACCAUAUUACAAGUCAUCACAAGUCCCUCCAGCCCAGUGGAAAGUCGCGAUCUGGUGAAGAACUUUACACAUCUCUCUCAUUUUCUUGAAUAGCUUUCAUCAACCCGGAAUACCUUACGACAGAAUGUUUUGUGGGCCCACCAAACGCCUAACCCCUCUCAUCUGCUUUUACAUAAUUUUUAAGUCAAAACCUGUACUUAAAAUUUAAUUCUUUUUAUUUUGUCUUGACAGACCAGACAGGACUUUACAGGAUAUCGUGUACAAGAUAGUGCCCGGAAUCUAUCAAGGUAUGAUAAAACUCCUUAAAUAGUUUCUCUUAAUAAUUGCCUAUUUCAAAAGUGUCACUUGUCAUUAUUGGAUGACAGAGAUAUAUUAAACAUGAGCACCACGAAAACUCACCAGUUUCUCCAUGAACGUUUUAUUUCACGAGGCGUUUGACCAGAUAAAAGACAAUGGAGGCCAAUUUACGUCCACGACUGCGUAGCAGUUCCAUUAAUUUGUUCAUCUUGUCUUUACACGCAGAAGAGUUAAAUCGUCGCAAAGAAUUCGAAACGAGUUUGAAAGAAAAGAGCGAAGAACCAGGUGUGCAUUCACGUUAUUUUCUUCCGUGUUAUUUUUAAUAUUAAAAAUGGAAAGUUGUUGGAAGACGGAUAACACAACUUUUAUUUUCUCCGUAGAAACUAAAGAGGAGCCGCAGAAUGCAGAGAAGGAGAAAGAGUCCUUGCCCUUUGAGGAUCCUGUGUGCAUUACUCUUGAAUAUUUCAGGUAGGAGUCUUGAUAUCUUCGUUCCAGAGCCUUGCACGUUUGGUUGUUAAGAAAUAAGUGUUAAGUUUAUGCUCCCCUUCCAACGCUUUUCUCUUUCUUUUACGCAAUUAGGAAAACAAGGAACCGCAUGGAAAAGGAGGUAAGUAAGAAUGUAUACUGGUUUUCAAUGAAAACUGAAAUUUCAGUGCUCUGAGGGAGAUAGCCUGCGUGGUAAGCCUUAAAAUGGCAGGGGUGGGGGAGGGAAAUGGGGAUUUCUGGUGCGCGUGGAGCGCACGCGUGUUGUCCUCCCUCUCUCUCGCCCGAAUUGUUUACGCCUGCUACGCAGGCUAUGAGCGAGGUUUUCAUUUCUGUUGCAUAAACUUUCAUGAUCUCAAUUUACUUUUGUUUUUUCUCGCACUGACCAUUUAUAAAGAUUCCUUUUUGCCCUAAGCGUUUCUCUCAUAGUCUGCUACACAGCCGUUCUUUGUGUCGUCACGCAACCCUCGCUCCCACAGGAGCGUUGUGUGACGAUAUUAAGAACGGCUGUGGAGCAGAAUUAUCUUUAUUAUAUAAACACCAAUGAAAUACCAGGCGAGCUUUCGCGCGAAAACUUGAUAUCUUCACAUGUGAAAAUAUCACCUUUGCUAUGGUUACAUAAUAAAAAGCGCCUUUCACACCAAAAAACUAUAAAAGUGAAAUGGUUUGGUAUUUCAUUGGUGUUUAUAUAAUAAAUAGAACAUUACAUGGCCGCUUGGAGAUACGAAAUUUCUCUUCUCGUGUUGAAAAAAUAACACUCAAAGAGAAAUUUCGUAUAUCCGCGCGGCCAUGUAAUAUCCUCUAUCUCUCAGAUUCUGUUAUGAUUCUGUUAUGAAUCAGCUUUGCAGUAGUCUUUGGACUUCUCGUCUUUGGUUCUCUCUCACAGUUGGCGCUCUCACCUUUUCAAAUGUCGUCAGGAUGAAGCGAAAGCAAAAAGGGUUCUCCCCUAUAAUUUGACAUUUAAUCACCCGGGUUGUUCGAAGCUGGGUUAAGAUAACCCAGGGUUAGUGCGAAAUUUGAACUCAGAUUUGAGAGCUUAAAAAACAAAUUCAGUUUAAUUCUAUUGCCUACAAUUUGAUGAUUGGAUACUCUAAAAAGAAUAGAGAAAAUUAUUCGGGAGAGUGCUUUUGAUAAAAAGAAAAAGAAACCUGGGUUAAAAUUUAACCCCAGUUUAGCGCUAACCUGCAUUUGAACAACUGGGCCCAGGUCCACAAUUAAGCUGACGCAUGCUCAUUGAAGUCAUUAGAAACGGGAGGAGUUUCAUCAUAUGUUUCAUUUUAGCAACAUGCCCGAGACCGAACAAGCGAAAGAAAAGCGCAUUUUACGUCUUUUUGUAACUUUAUUUUUCAGAUUUUUCCAACUCGUUAUCUGCGUUGCUCCUCUACCGUGACAGUCAAAGUACUAAAGAAGUUUCUGGUUAUGAAGUUUGCCAUCCCAGAAACCCACCUCGUAAGCCACUGGAAAUUUACUCGUUUUUGCAAGAACUUUGCUCCAUGCACUGUUGUGCAUUAAGUACUUUCAAGGGAUUAUCUAUCUCGUAUUUCAAGUGUUAAAAGUAUUCUUUUCAACAUCAGCUUGUUUUUCGUAAAUCAGUUAGCGCAUGAACCGAUUUAUGAUCAUACAACAUUUGCUUGGUUCUUCGCCCUUGCGGAAUUUUACCCCUGUUAAAGAAAAUGACAAGAAAAUAGACAACAACUGCGCGAGAACAUCGUGGUUUUACUCGAGGCUUUGAGUUACCUUUUGGCCACAGAAAGUAGCUAAAGCGAAGAACGGUGUCUUUUUUGUUUCUUUUUCCUUAUUAUUCAUUUUCCUACUUGUUGGAUUACUAUGUCCCCUGAGUCACAUCUGAUUAGUUGUUCUGUCUCUUGUUUCUAUUCAGACGGAAAUAAUUCGCUCCGAUGAAAUUCUGGAUGGUCACCUGACCAUGAAGGAGGUGUGUCGGAUAUAUGGUCUUUAUUCCAAGGUAAAUAACAUGUGUAACGUUAUCACUGUCAGAUUAUCAGUAGUCUCGUCCCAAGUAAAGUAAUCAGGAUUCAAGAAAUCCGGAACACAAACACGCGAACGUAUAGAUUAUAUACAGCCGCCUUCCUGAAAAGCACACGAGCUGUGGUUGGAAAGAAGAAAAGGGAGUUUUAGCAACGACAACAGCGACGAGUGCAAAAAUUUCGCUAUUUAAAUGAAGUCGCCCCUCGUUUUUUCCAGCUUUGUCGCGUUAAUUACAUCUCGCUUAAAAUGUCAAAUGUAGGUGAAAAAUUGCUUAUUGAUAUUAUUGCCGGUGUCUUUUUUAAUUUUUUCGCAGCCAUUUCUGGAUCUACAGUACGUGUUCCUUGAGAAGAACGAUGACGACAGCCCUGUACAGAAACCAAAGAUUUUUGAAGUAAAAAAGAAAAGAAUCAAGAAACGAAAAGGAAACAAAACCUUGCUGAAAAAGUGUCUCUCACCCGACGCACCACGUCGAAAGAAAAAGAAGGGCAUGAAGAAAGCCGCCACGUCUUCUGUCCAAGCCAGCGAAAAUGUACAAGCGGUUGAUAUGGAACCCAGUCAAGCUCGGCCACUUGAGAACGAAAAGAAAGAGAAUCUAGUACUCAGUCCUAUUGAUCUGUGCGCAAAUGUGAAGAAAGAGAUCAUAUCCAGCGAAGAACAACUUCGCGUUAAGGUUAAAGGAGAGCGUAGUUUUUCGGAAAAUUUCAACAGCGUCGAUAAAACGAAGGUUAGUGGACUAGCGCCAAAUAUGGGCGAUGAAAUUGACGGGAAUGUAAAUGAAAACGAGGCACCGGGAAUAAACGGAGUGAUUGCGAAGAGUGUCCAUGACGUCACGACGGAGCCCUUGUUUGACUCAGCAAUUACUGAAAAUGGCAAUGCUUUGAUCACCACGCCUGCGGUUAAUGGCUUGAUUCAUGGUCCUUUGAGCGAAACAGACAGUGCUAAAAGAAUGGACACAGGUUUUUCUACCUNCCAGCUUUGUCGCGUUAAUUACAUCUCGCUUAAAAUGUCAAAUGUAGGUGAAAAAUUGCUUAUUGAUAUUAUUGCCGGUGUCUUUUUUAAUUUUUUCGCAGCCAUUUCUGGAUCUACAGUACGUGUUCCUUGAGAAGAACGAUGACGACACCCCUGUACAGAAACCAAAGAUUUUUGAAGUAAAAAAGAAAAGAAUCAAGAAACGAAAAGGAAACAAAACCUUGCUGAAAAAGUGUCUCUCACCCGACGCACCACGUCGAAAGAAAAAGAAGGGCAUGAAGAAAGCCGCCACGUCUUCUGUCCAAGCCAGCGAAAAUGUACAAGCGGUUGAUAUGGAACCCAGUCAAGCUCGGCCACUUGAGAACGAAAAGAAAGAGAAUCUAGUACUCAGUCCUAUUGAUCUGUGCGCAAAUGUGAAGAAAGAGAUCAUAUCCAGCGAAGAACAACUUCGCGUUAAGGUUAAAGGAGAGCGUAGUUUUUCGGAAAAUUUCAACAGCGUCGAUAAAACGAAGGUUAGUGGACUAGCGCCAAAUAUGGGCGAUGAAAUUGACGGGAAUGUAAAUGAAAACGAGGCACCGGGAAUAAACGGAGUGAUUGCGAAGAGUGUCCAUGACGUCACGACGGAGCCCUUGUUUGACUCAGCAAUUACUGAAAAUGGCAAUGCUUUGAUCACCACGCCUGCGGUUAAUGGCUUGAUUCAUGGUCCUUUGAGCGAAACAGACAGUGCUAAAAGAAUGGACACAGGUUUUUCUACCUAUGACAGUGAUGUGUAUAUGAAUCACGUUUCUACAGAUUUGGAGUCUUCAGCGCUACUUAAUGGACUUUUAGUUGAAAGUUCAUAG